UUAAGAAAAAAAUCCUUUAAAAUGUUUUGCUUUACGUGCUUAUAGUUCUUCAGAUUACCGACUUUCUUGUUUUUAAUUACCUACCUAAAGAACACCGAUUAAAACUCUGAUAUCUUAAAUUCUCGAAACUGCUGGAACUUUACGACUUAUCGCAAAUUUUUGAAUCUUAAGGCCAUUAACUUUUUUUCCAGCGUCCCGAUUUGGCGUCCUACAUCUACACAGGCCAUAAAUCAACCCAAGGCAUAUAAAACGCCUCCGAAAUUUUCCGAAAUUAUCGACUCGAUUGAAAUCGCGACAGAUUAAUUCGAAAGUACGCUCAUAUAUAACUACUAUAGCAAUAAUAUUCGCGAUUGUUCGCUUAAGCGAUCCGCUUGUCGAUGUAACCUGUUGAACACGUAAUCCUCGCUUUCCAUCGAUACAUAUCACUCGGUAUAUUGGAUCAGUCGCAUCGAUGAAAUUGAAUCAGUAUCGAUACUCGUAAUUCGCCGAAGGCGCAGCCGGAAUGGCCUCUUCCGUCUUCAGGAAGGGUCUUCUUCCAGGAAAUAUUUGACAAUUUUAUUAUCCUGCAUUGAGGAAAAAUAAUCGAUCCGUGCUCUUGAGAAAAAUAUUUCAAGAUCAAAACGUACGGCCUAUGAAAGCUCUAUGAAAUUUUUAAAUCAUUAAAUUAUUCGAAUUUUCUGAUUACUGGAUUUAUCUCGCACUUUUCUGUUUAGAUUCUUAGAUUCUCGAAUUUUUAUAUUUACGAUUUUAAAACCGUGAGUCUGGUACUUUCAGACACUUGCAGUUUAUCUGCGGAUUUUUAAGAUCCCCUAAUAUUUAAUUUGCUACAUUCUUGACUCAACCGACGCAACGUUCAACGUUAAAUUUUUGUUUUGCUUCAAUUACUAUUUCGUAAAUUCCUAGCAUUCUAAAUUUUUCGCCUUCAAUAUCCUGCCUUCCCGAGCUUUCAUUCCUCGAAUUUUUGGUCCCUAAAAUAUUUCAUUUUGUUCCUAGUCAGCUUCGAUCCUUUCUCACGAGUCUCACAGUGCCGCAUGACGUCUCUUAAUUAGGUUAUUUUAACGGAUGGUAUAUAUUCUUUGUAAAUCCCUUUGUUUCAUAAAUCCUCAAACCUUCCAAUAUAUUUCCUCCGACUAUAAUUAAUCUUGAAAUAAACCGUCGUUACUCCAACAAGUCUCAACCUCUGAGAAACUCGGUAUCCCACGACGAUUCUGCAUGGCGCGCUUUCAGAUGCCAAGUCCUUGUGUUACUCGCGUGCCGUGAAAGUGCACGUCUCAGUGGAUGAAAGUUCUCGACCGAGCGAUGACGAGAUCGACGACUAUGCAGGUCGUCCUGACAGAUUCCUAUGAUUACUCGUUGACCCUGUGGGAUGCCGGUUUCACGAACGGCAGCGAGAUCGACCUGGAGACGACGACCGUGAAUCCCGCCGGCAGUCAGAACGACACGGAAGAGCUCAACAAUUGGUGGGCGAUGCUGGCACUCGUCCUAGUUCUGGGAACAGCCGCGGGGAAUAUCCUGGUGUGCCUGGCGAUCACCUGGGAGCGGCGGUUGCAAAAUGUUACUAAUUAUUUCCUAAUGAGUUUGGCCAUCACGGACCUUAUGGUCGCCAUCCUAGUGAUGCCGUUAGGGAUCCUCACACUUGUUCGAGGAUACUUCCCGCUGCCGUCGGUUUAUUGCCUCGCCUGGAUUUGCCUCGACGUGCUAUUCUGCACCGCCAGCAUAAUGCAUCUGUGCACCAUAAGCGUGGACCGUUAUCUAAGUCUGCGCUAUCCGAUGAAAUUCGGGCGCAACAAGACAAAGAAGAGGGUGACGCUGAAGAUCACCUUCGUCUGGAUCCUGAGCAUCGCGAUCAGCCUACCUCUAAGUCUGAUGUAUUCGAAGGAAGAUGAUUCGGUACUGGUGGACGGAACCUGCCAGAUUCCCGAUCCCCUCUAUAAGUUAAUCGGUAGCAUAAUUUGCUUCUAUAUCCCAUUGGGAGUGAUGCUGCUAACGUACGCGUUGACAGUAAAAUUACUGGCGGAACAACAACAGAACAUCGGUGGGACAGGAGCAGGUUGGUCAUCAGGGUGGUUGGGUGCCCCUCAGGGUGCACCCUCCGCGGCAGGGCUCGAGCGACGGGGCACCUGGAAGAGAUACCUCUUGAACAAGGGCUCGGGCGGCAGCAGCGGCACGCCGCAACACACCUCCGGCACGUCGACCGACACCGAGCUGACCACCCUCGACACCCACGAGCUCUGGCUACAGGAGAGCGAACCACCACCCUCGGCCAUGUCCGCCCUUCAUGCUUUCGGCGCGGAGAUGCUAAAGCUAUCGAGGGGUCUCGAGGGAAUGGCCGGUAGCUCCGGCAAUCAGACCCCAUCAAAAUCGACAACCCAACACCAGCAUCAUCAUCAUCAUCAUCAUCAUCAGCAGCAGCAGCAGCAGCAGCAGCAGCAGCAGCAGCAUCAGCAGCAGCAGCAGCAGCAACUGCUGCAACUGCAACAGCACGGUCCAUCACCGCGUAGAUGCAGCUUCCGCAAUGGUGCGGAGAGCACGGAGAGUAGCAUGUCCUGCUCGAGAACGAGUCUAUCGGCGGAAACCUUCGCGAGUCCUUGGAAGCAUCGGAGACGAGCGUCGACCUAUAACGAGGCCCACUUGGAGAGAACGAUGCAGAUUCUGGGCUCGCCGAAGACUCCCAGAAAGAGGUCCUUCAGCUUCCACGAGCAGUCGUCCUGUCGUAAAGGCGAGGACGACUCGACGCGCAAGAAAUGUCACGACAAAGCACCGGAAGGACCGAUAACGCUACCGCCACCCUGUACGUGUCCUUACUUCGGGGAAUCCUCGAAGAAACCGCCACCGUCGAGCGAGAUUGUCAUUGUCUCCAGCAACACCAUGAAGCCUAUCGGUAACAGAAACCUGGAAAUGAGUCUUCCAGGUGAUACCGCGAGACCCAUUGGCAACAAGGGUCCGGAAAUGGGCCUACUGGGUAAAAACAACAGUGCCAGAUCUACGGAGGGUGCCAAAGGUUACGAGCAGCUGACCCUCGCGAAUUCCGUGGUCACGUGGCGAAGCGGAAGACGAGGCUCCAGCCUGGGCAGCACCAGGACCCUGCUGUCCGCUAACGCGAGAGCGAUGCCGUUGCGACGCGCGGCAACGAUGCGGGCGCACAAUGGCGCGAUGGGCACGGCGAGCGUGACCUUGAACCAGAGUAAUCCGUCGUCGCCAAAUCUGCUCAGGUACUCGAGCGGCCAGGUGCGCAGCCAUCAUUCGCGCAACAGCAGCGUGAUCUCGCGCAACAGUUCCCGCCACGGCAGAAUCAUCCGGCUGGAGCAGAAGGCGACGAAGGUCCUCGGCGUGGUGUUCUUUACGUUCGUGAUCCUGUGGGCGCCGUUCUUCGUGCUGAACCUCGUGCCGGCCGUGUGCCCCGACUGCGAGCGUCGCAUCGACCGCAAAAUCUUCGACCUGGUCACUUGGCUCGGCUACGCCAGCUCCAUGGUCAACCCGAUCUUCUACACCAUCUUCAACAAGGUCUUCCGCCAGGCGUUCAAGAAGGUGCUGCUCUGCAGGUAUCGAAAUCAAGAGUGGCGACCGCCUAGGUAGGCCCUGAGCCCCGGGAGACCGGGGAUCGCCAUCAGCAGAGUGUAAACGACGGGAAUGGAAGAUCGAUGCGCGAAUCGUUGAUGAGAAGUAAAGAGACAAUCAGGGCAAAUUCGAGCUCAUCGAAUGGUGCUAUUUUACUAGCGCGAUUGGCUAUAGAUUCGAGAAACGUUGUAACAAGGGCCUGAGUAGCAUAUUCUUUGUAUGUGUGUGCGUGUGUGUGUGGAUAGCGUUGCCGAUUGUUGACGAAUUAAAAAUUCUCUAUCAAUUCUUCCUAUUAGCGACUCCUGUUUCAUAUACAAUGUUAAUUUUAACGAACUAAAAAUAUUUUUUUAAAUCCUCCUAUAUAUAUAUGUAUAUGUACACAGCUCCUAAAUGUAUGUAUACUAAUACUUCAUAUCAAUUACAUAUCAAUAGACAAUAAUAUGUAAUAUAUAUAAUGACGCCUAUUUUAGUAGUUUUAUAUUCAAAAG